CUCAAAACGGAACUUGUGGGCUCGGGAGAAAGAAUGAAGGAAAGAAAGAGCCCUUGAACAUUGUUUCCGUCUUCAGUUGUCCCAAACAGGAUACGCCGGGACCCACCGACGCCAAAGCAAACGAGGCGGCCGGCCGGCCGCAUGUUGCUCACAUUUCAAUUCUUGUGAAGCGCAACCAUGCCACUGAUCUGGCUCUUACUUUUUCUCAUCCCCACUUUGGAAGGAUUGGACGGAGUCCAAGAGCAAAGCAUGUGCACGUCCGACGCCUGCUACACCGUCCGUGCGGAGAAGGUGAGCUUUGACAAGGCCAGUCAGAGCUGCUUCCACAACGGAGGCUACCUGAUGACCGUAAGAGACAAAGAAGAAGAAGCCAUCCUCAACGCUCUCCUCUCGCCCGUCGGCAAGGACGAGACGCAAGCCUUUUGGAUCGGCUUAAAGCUGCACAGAGGGGACUGCGUCUUAGCUGACGCACCGCUCCGAGGCUUCAAGUGGCUGUCCGGGGACCAGGAUUCGCACUACUCCAACUGGAAUCAAGAACCCGUGGACACUUGCACGGAGCGCUGCGUAAGGGUCGCUUACAAUGCCCACCAGCAGCCCAAAUGGAGCGCCGGAACUUGCAAAGCUUCGGCGUCGCCCGUGUGUAAGUUUUACUUCCAAGGAAUGUGCGGCCCUUUGCAUCUGUCGGGCUCCGGACACAUUUCCUACACGCCGCCUUUCUCCGAGGAGCCCGUCCAAAACGAGAUGAAAUCCUUGCCGCUCGGAACGUACGCCGAGGUCACGUGCGGUGACCGACGCCAGCACUAUUCCGUUUGCGUCCGGAGCGACGAGAACUAUCAGUGGACGGCGCCGGGUCCCUUUUGCCCGACGGAAGGUGGAAAAUGCGACGAGGACAACGGCGGAUGCCAACACGUGUGCCGCCGGCAGGUGUUGUCGGAUGGGCUCACGUGCCACUGUCAUCAGGGCUACGUCCUUGAGGACGACGGACUCUCGUGUCGAAUCCCGGACGUGUGCGGCGUGGCGGACGCUUGCGAGUACCGGUGCGUGGUGAGAGAGCGGCGAGCCUUCUGCACGUGUCCCCAAGGCUUCCAAUUGGCAGCCAACGGGCGCAACUGUUCUGACGUGGACGAGUGCCAGCGCUCCCAAUUGCCGUGCGGCGGCCACGCGGCGUGUAUCAACACGGCGGGCGCUUACACCUGCGCGUGUCACCGCGGCUUCCAAAUGAUGGACGGCGACUGUCGCGAUGUGGACGAAUGCCUGCGGUCCAAAUGCACCCAUGGCUGUUUGAACACAGCCGGGUCCUUCUCUUGCUACUGCAAAGACGGCUGGGCUCUGUCAGAGGACGCCUAUUCCUGCGUGGACGUGGACGAAUGUGCUACUGAGCGCUGCUAUCCCUUCCGAUGCGUGAAUACCGAAGGAAGUUUUGUCUGCGUGUGCCCGGAGGGCUUUCACUUAGCGCACGGCGCUGGGACCACCGUGACUUGCACCCCGGAUGCGAGCAAUGUAACCCUCGAGGUGGGCCAGGAAACGCCAGCCGGUGACUUUGCAUCGCCGGCGGCGGCAGAGGAGGCCACGGGAGCGCCGGCUACCACCGAUUUGCCCUUGGUCGCCCCCAGCAACGCUUCGCUGUUUGCCGGCGCCGUGCCGCUCAACUCCAGAGUGCUGGUCUGUGCGCUCGGCUCGCUCGUUCCUUUGUUGCUCGUGGUCACGGUGACGUUAGCCGUCGCCAUCGUGCGAUGUCGCCGCUCCAGAAAGGAAGCCAAGAAAAGCGCCACGGACACUUAUUGUUGGGUUUCCUCUGGUUUUGAUCCACGCCUAGAAAAGCUCUAUGAAUCCAUCUUGACGGAUGACCUUUGACCCGAUGAAGAAGAUUGCCCUAAUUGUGUGUACGGUGUCAUUUCAAGUGUAUUUAUGUAAUUUAUGUCCAAGUCAUUCUUGCUUUUCAAUUGUAAACACCACCCACGCAUGCAACCCUUGUCUCACCUGCUUU